AUGGUGUACCGCGCCCGCGACCGCGAGGGGCAGCGGGCGGUGGUCCUCAAAUCCUACGACCCCCGCAGAUCAGCGGCGCUGCAGCGCGAGCUCCGCCUGCUGCGCGCCGCGGGCGACCACCCUGGCGUAAUACACCUCGAGCGCGCCAUCUCCGCGGCCGGCGCGACGCACCUGGUUCUGGAGGCGUGCGGCGGCGGGACACUGAUCGAGGCGGUCGCGAACAGCGGGGGGCGGCUGCCCGAGCAGCUCGCCGCGCGGCGCGUCGCGGCGCCGCUGCUGCGGGUGCUGGCGCACCUCCACGCGCGCGGCGUCGUGCACAGGGAUUUGAAGCCAGAGCACAUCCUGCUGACAUCCGACGGCCUGCGCGUCGCCGACUUCUCGGCAGCUGCGAUGUUGCCACAUCAUCAUCAUCAGCAGCAGCAGCAGCAGCAGCAGGAGCAGCAGCAGCAGCAGGGACAGCAGCAGCAGGCGCAGCAGCGGUGCGAGCGGCUGAACCAUCGGCCGGCAGCGGUGGCGGUAGAGUACGCCGCCCCCGAGCUUUUGUCCAAGCCACUGGAACACGAGGUCUUCCACCUGGUGCUCGCCCGCGGCAUGGACGAGGACGAGCUGCCUGUGUAUGACGAGAAGGUUGACGUCUGGAGCGUGGGAGCGCUGCUGUUCGAGGCCCUCACCGGCUUCCAGCCCUUCCUCGCAGACGGCGCCGCAGAGAUGGCCGCAACUGUCGCGGCACGCCUCGCGGACCGCGACCCCGAGACCGGCCUGCCGGCGUUCCUGUCGCGCCAGCCCGCGCUGAGCGCCGACGCGAAGGACUUCAUCGCGCGCUGCCUGGAGGCGAGGCCAGAGGCGCGGCCGAGCGCUGCAGAGCUGCUGGCGCACCCCUGGCUGGAGCGCCGCGCGUCGCUGGCAGGCGACGGGCGCGCCGUGUCCGUCACGGCCGCCGCGGCGGCGGCUUCGUCCUGCGCGGCGCCGGCGUGGCAGCUGGAGCAGCCGGCGGGGGCGCGCGCGGCGGCGCCACCAAUGCCGCCGCACUCUUCGGCGUCGUCCAUAGCCGCCGGCGCACCGGCGGACGGCGCCCGCAAGGGCGCAGGCGCGGGCGGCGCGGGGGAGGAGCCGCGCGGCGCGGGGCUGGGGCUGCACCGCAGCUCGUCUGCGGGCGACGCGGCGGCGGGGCCACACCUGUCGAUGCGCAGCCGCACGGGGCGCAUGGAGGGGUCGCGCCCCGGCACGCGCGCCGCGGCGGCGGCGGCGCUCGCGGCCACGGCGCUCUCCGGCGGCGGCGCCUGA